AUGAAAACAAGAAUAACCUACCUCCAACCCCCCUCCUCGCCAUUCACCUCCACCCAAGCGACCCUCACCCCGUCAUCACUCAAGAUCAGCGAUCUAGAUGCUGCAAAAGAAGUCCGCGUUACGGUUGAUCUGAGUGAGGUGGAUGAUGAUGAGGUCCGGAGUAUCUUGACCAAUCUGCACGAAGUACAUAUCCGCUGGGCGAGGGAACAACCAUAUGGGAUUGUUUCGCCGUUCGGGAGUAGGGUUUCGGCGGGGUUGGGGGUGGGUGUGAGUCCUCUUCAGGGUGGGGAUGAUGGGGAUGGGGAAGGCGUAUGUCGUCUUCUACGGAGGAUGUUUGGGACGGGGAUUGAGUGUGCUAAUUAUAUGGACUCAUUCACCAGCCCUCCCGUUGUCUCUACGCGUUUCGCGUCCACGUCCACGUAUCAAUUCCACUCUUCCCUGCCGGAACAUAAUCUUGGGGAGUAUAUAGUGAAGAAUAUCUGUCGCGAGGAGGGUGCUGCGUGCGCUGCGGAAUGGGGUGCCGCUGAUAGCAUCGACGUUGACUAUGAUGCUGUGUCGCGGGCGCUAGUGGUCUCCGGGUACUGGGGCCAGCCUGUUACUCCGGAGGGAUGGACGGAGGAGAUUCGUGCGCCGGGGAGGGAUCGUGAUCGCGUGGAGGUCGGGUUGUUGGGGACGGAGAAGGCGGUCGAGGCGGAGGAGAUUAAGUGGUGUGCUAACUGCUCAGAACCAACGCUAUUCUCCUUCCCCUCCAGACACCAUGUCCUCCCUCGCGAGGCGACUUUCGACGUCUCCUUCCCCCGUCCGACGGGCACGCAUCCAACCAUGACCAUUUCCCUGUCCCCGGCUGCGUUGGAGUACCCCGCUGCGCCGGAGGACACGACCUGUGCGCUGCAUGCGUAUCUGACGCUGCCGUCGUAUAUCUUCGGGGACAAGUACCAGCUGAGCACGGAUGAUCCGCUGUUCCUGGAGUCGCAUCAUCUGGUGGCGUUGCGGGCAGUGAGCGGGGCAACGGACCUGGAGGCGCCGGAUUGGUUUGUCCCGCACUGGGGCUCGAAUUGGCUGCUCGAGCUGGCGACGCCGUCUGCUGGCCAGGUGCCAGAGGAGUGGAACGUCACGGUGCCGCUGCAUCUGCGGUACCUGCGGCCGUCGGAGAGUGGGUACCGCUCCGCGGGGGUGCCGUGGCCGGUGGUGUUCUGGGCUUGCACGGCGGAAGAGGGCACGAAGAUGGGCACAAACCCGUUCGAUCGCCUGAACCUCGGCUGGGAUGGGAUGUUUGGCCCACGGACGAUGUUCUACCAGGUGCAUCCUAGUGGAGAGAAGACCCGACAUGUCGAAGACUUGGAUGUCCCGGUGCUCCGGUUAGAGGAGGGCGGAUUCUUCAGUAGCAAGACAGUGGAGCUGGGCACGAUGGCAGCGAUCGUCCUGGGAUUGCUGUGGGUGCUGUGGAAGCUGGGUAGUGUUGCACGGUCUUCCGGACGGAAGAAGAGCGACAAGGAGAAGAAGUCGCAGUAA